UGAGUUGUUUACAUCAGUUUCUGUGUUAAUUGUCAGAUGUGCUCUACGGCUGUAGCUAGUCAGCUAAAAGGCAGUGAUGGAGCUGUUCGGUACUUUCCAUAACAGGGUGGAUUUAACAUGAAGCUCUGUCGGCGUUAGAUCACGCACCCAUGAGGUUUCUGACUACGUUUGAGGUCAAUUUUUAUGUGAUUUUGAUUGUUUAUCAGUGACUCAUCUAAAACGAUACAGUUGACAGAUAGCCGAGAUAUAACAGCUGCCUCACAUUUCCUAUUGAGAUUAGCUGGUUCGGCCAUUUCAGUGUAAAGUAAGUUUAGAAAUACGCUGACGGAAACCCUUUCUCUCGAACUGUUCGGGCGGUUCUGUUUCAGUUUUCAUUCGUGCCUUGAUGCUCCUCUCAGCUUUGACACGGCUGUGCGUUGUCACCUGAUCACAAGGGGAAAUCGACUCCGACAAUAUGUUUCUGCUCUUCCUCAACGCAUAACUUACUGAACGGACAAACACGCUAGCAAGAAGUGUAUAUAUGUAUGUAUGCAUAUAUGAAGUGGGCGUUGGGAAAAAAAAACGCGAAAAGGGGAACUGAAAUCAAAUCUGUCGUCGUUUAGCUCUGCCCAGCCUCUCCCCGAGUCGGAAAACGUCGGCUCAUUUAGUGAAAUCAGUGCAGCCGAUGAAGACGCGCGUUGAUAUUUUCGUUUAAACGGUUUUUGUCUCCCACGAGCCACAAUGUCGGACGCCGAGAGGUCUCUGCCAGUCCCGAAGAGACUCAGCUAUGCGGUGGGACACUUUCUGAACGACUUGUGUGCUUCUAUGUGGUUCACAUACCUGCUGGUGUUCUACCAUUCAGUACUGGGAUUCCAAAACGCAUAUGCAGGUGUGUUGCUACUUGUUGGGCAGAUAGCUGAUGCUAUCUGUACGCCUCUCAUUGGUUAUGAGUCGGACCGAACGCCUGGCUGUGGCAACUAUGGCAAGAGGAAGACAUGGCAUUUAGUCGGUACACUGAGUGUGCUGCUGUCCUUUGCCUUCAUCUUCAACCAGUGUCUGGGCUGCAGUGCUGUCACGCCUCAGUGGGCCAGUUUGACCUACUUUGUCCCGUUCAUCAUCGUCUUUCAGUUCGGCUGGGCUGCCACCCAGAUCUCCCACCUGUCACUCAUUCCGGAACUCGUCACCUGUGAGCACGCUAAAGUGGAACUCACUGCGUACAGGUAUGCAUUCACAGUGAUAGCCAACAUCACGGUGUAUGCAGUGGCUUACCUGCUGUUCCACGUCCAGGCCGGAGAGGAAGACGACCCGCUCAGCGAUGCACUGGGGCCAGCAGAUGUCCUCAUCUUCAGGAAUCUGGCGUUGAUAGUGCUGGGCAUCGGCGCUCUCUUCUGCCUCUUCUUCCACCUGGGAACCACAGAGAGGAGGCCCGACGCAGGAGGAGAGGAUGGAAAGAGGAGGACAGAGGAGGAAGAGGAGGAGGAGGGGGAGCGGAGACUCCUGCUUCCUCGCACUAAGAGCCUCUCAUCACUUCUGCAAUGGAAUUGCUGGCUGCAGCAGCCUUCUUUUUACCAGGUGGCCUUACUCUAUAUGUCCACCAGGUUAAUAGUCAAUCUGUCCCAGACUUACAUCUCAAUGUAUCUCAUCAACACGUUGGGUCUGCCCAAGAAGUUCAUUGCAACAAUCCCUUUAGUCAUGUACCUGAGUGGCUUCCUGUCCUCCUUCAUCAUGAAGCCUCUCAGUAAGCUCAUUGGAAAAUGUCUCACCUACUUUGUGGGCCUGUUGCUGAUCCUGGCCUUCUCCUACUGGGUGCUGCUGAAUGACAGGAUGGGUGAGCAGGUGUACGGGGCCGCUGUGCUGCUGGGGGUGGGGUCGGCCACUAUCCUGGUCAUUUCGCUCUCCAUGACCGCCGAGCUCAUCGCCGAUCAGACACAAAGUGGUGCGUUUGUGUAUGGAGCCAUGAGUUUCACUGAUAAGUUGGCUAAUGGACUGGCUGUGAUGAUCAUUCAGGCCCUGCAUCCAUGCCACACUGUAUUGUGCUGUCCGGCCUGUGUGUGGUUCUAUCAUUACGUCAUGGUCAUAGUAACGGGAGGCAUGGCAGUCAUCGCAGCUUUGGCGCUCUGCUCCAUCCUCAUCUGGCCAAUCAGGAUCAGACCACGUGAUGUGCCAGUCAUCUCUGAGAAUGGAACAAGUGUCAACUAGCAGCCCCUCCCCCGCAUGUCCAAGCACCACAACGGGACUGCCCUGAGCUAAAUGGGAAUAGCUUUCAGUUCAGUUGCUUCGUUCCUGUUCAGCCUUUCAGAGGAAAGCAGCAGGGAUUUCCUGACUGGCUGCUCGCUGGUGCACUUAAUGGGGCACAUUUAGCACUUUCAAUAAAUUUGCAGAAGUUGCCAGGGAAACCCAAGGAAGUGAGAAGGGAGAUUUACGUUUAGCUGACAGUUCAAGCCACUUUCAACCUAGAUUUUGUUUUCCUAUCAUUUUUCAACAAAUGUGGCAUAAGUACAAAAAUCAUUAUAGUGGACUGGUGAAAAUUUCCACAGGCAGCAGCUGUCCUGAUGCCAGCACUUUAUUAAUGGAUUUUCAGACAGUAUAAUCAGAGUAGAGAGUGUAAUGUCUCCUACCUCUGGAUGUUAAAUUUACUACAGGAAAUAGUUAGUCCACCAAAUGAAUUAGCAACUUAUUCUAUUGUAACCCCCCCCCCAUUACUUAUUUUACAUUUUAAAAUGCUAAAAUGUGAAAGAAAUCUAUAACAUCAAUUUAACGAAAGAUAAAUAUACGUUACUCGCAAUUCUCAUUACUAAUGAAGGGAAACCAGAUGCUAUUCUAUUUUUUAAGUGAUGCUGUUGAUAACUGUUUUGAUAACCUUUAGUAUUUUACACACUUAUCUUAUUUUCAUAGAAGCCAAGCAACACCCAAAAAGGAGGCAGCUGGUCUGUGACCAAUAGUCUUCAGCUGCUUCCCCAUACCAUUGGGAGCUUCAACAGGUUUGUUUAUUUGUCCUGGCAAACAAAUGAAACAGUAGGAGAUUUAAAGUGAGAUGAGGCAGUUAAAGGAAUGUCAGUGGCGAUUACACACAACUCUGGAAAAUGAUGAGAAGAUACCUCACGAAUGUAGGCAUCGGCUCACCUCACCUCACCUCACCUGUGGAUCACUCCACACUGCCUCACUGACAGACAACAGAACCUCGAGAGGAAGAUGAAAGGGAAGCAAAUACUCAAGGGAUAGAGCUCAGAAACACCAAAGACAAGGAUUGGACCAUCUUAUGGCCAGUGAGUCUAAACAAUUGAUGUCCUGUCACAACUUUGCAACAUUAGCUAGUUAGUUUCUCUGAGUUUCCACAAAGCACUACGCAAACAGACGCACCGACUUCGAAAACUGACUAUGAAAUCCAGACUGUACAGGAAAUAAAGGUGAACCAAGCGCACAGACGACACUUAAGAAGUUAUGAGAAUUUAUUUUGAAUAUUUACUGCAGGAGUUACCGCAAAACGACCUGGGACAUCAUGGGCAAGUUCAGCUUUUGUCUGCAUUCCCUGUGGCGGUUGCGGAGUCAUUUGACAUCAUGCUAUCGAGCUUGAUUUUUGUUUGAUAACUCAUGUUUGUGCCUCAUCAUUGUGGAUCUUUUAGAUAAAGUGCUCCUUUUUGCGUUUUGUCGCUCAUUAUUAUGAGAUAUUUCUAUUUGAAACAUUGUUCUCUUUACUCUCUUUAUAAUCAGACCAAAUGGGAUAUGUAAAAAAAAAAAGAAAUAUUUUUAUAAUCAAUAGCAGAAUUGUGUUUGAUAUGAAACAACUUUAAAGGGAUCAGUACUUUAAUAUAUGUGUGCAUUUAAUGCAUGAAGUCUAAUAUGAAGGAAUCAUACUGGUAAAUCAUUGGAGCAGGUGCUAAUGUUGGACUGGGAGUUGUGACUCUUUUGUUGUAUUUAACCAAAGUCCUGUGAAGCUCUCUGACCUCUGUGACAGUCCCAACUAUGAUAACUUUAUGUUUUUACUUCCUUUUUAUGUCUUUGUGACCUCUACGACUGAAAUGCAUGUUGGUGUUGUUUUGUAAAGAGACACUCAUUAAACGUGUUUCAUGAUGUCCAACUAGAA